AUGCGAAGACUUCGAGUUGGGAUCCGACCGCAGUUGAUGGUGUUGGUUGGGGUUGCGUCCUUGCUCUCUCUUUUGAUCUUGGGGUUGGUGACAGGUAUCUACUUUAGCAACAACUUGAAAAGUCUACGAUCCGAACGUCUUGAAGUCAUAUCCCAACUAAAAGCUACCCAACUACUGCAAGCAGUCACUUUUCUAGAUAUCACAAUCACCUCGAUGGCACAGGUUGACACAAUCGUCAAUCCAUUGCAAGAGGCAGAAGGUGGGAAUACCCUGUCGCUCUUGUACAGCGAUGUGCAUGACCUCUUUAACCAGUACAUGAUGACUGAUAUCGUCAUCUCAGCCAGGCUCUACAACAAGGACUUGGAAAUCGUUGAGAGCACUCAAAAUGAGACCACACCUUUGACACCGGAAACAAAAGAGGCUUUAUUCCCAAUCCCCGAAGGUGGGCCUUUGCCGCCAAUGGUUCUGGAGUAUGCCAACUACUCCUUUUAUUAUACAGGACCCACUUCAAAUUUGAAUAAUGACACGGAUACCCACUACUAUGCUGGUGCCACGAUAUCUGUCAUGGGAGGCCGCGACAAAGAGGACAUCAUUGGCUAUCUAUCUGUUAUUCUUAGCGCAGACACGAUUAUGCACGCGUUACAGACGAGCGGCUCCGAUUAUUGGGCGUUGGCUGUUCGACCUGUUUACGAAGGAAACACUUUGGACUACAAUCAAAAUGUCAGUCAGACUUUGGUGGCGUUUGAGACUGUUUUUUUAAACAGCGGAGGGAUCAUCAAAGUUGGUGUCUCUUACAACAUAGAUGAAAGUUCUUUUAUCUCAAAGGCUUUUAAAACAAACGCGACAAAGGGAAUCGACACCAACUUUAAAGGGGUGUCCGGUGAUCGGUUAUCUGCCAGUUAUCGACGUGUGACUUUCAGUAAUUGGAACUGGUUGGUCAUCACUGCGCAAAAGGCAUCGAGCUUCAAUGCACCGGUGACGCGAAUAAAGAAAAUUAUCAUUGGUGUGGUGAUUGGUGUCGGAGUGUUUAUGUGUCUCUUGACAUUCACGCUAGCGGUGUGGUUUAUUCGGCCGAUUACUCGAUUGCAAGUUGCAACAAUGUCAAUCACGCUGUACAAGAGGGAACAAGAUAACAAUGGUCCAAACGCAGACGGGACUGUAGCUGAUGAGAAAUUGGUGAAGCGCAAUAGCGUGCACACAACAUCCUCCAAUGGCUCGGGAUCCGUUUAUUCUUCGGGUAUUAGAUUGCCGUCGCGAAUACCGAGGUCCAAGAUGUUUUUCAAAGAUGAGCUAACGGAAUUAACCGACGCUUUCAACAUCAUGACCGAAGAGCUCGAGAAGCAAUACACGCAUUUGGAAGAUCGCGUCAAGUUACGAACUAGGGAACUAGAAGCAUCAAAGAUUGAAGCCGAGGCUGCCAAUGAAGCAAAGACGGUCUUCAUCGCCAACAUCUCGCACGAGUUGCGCACGCCCUUGAAUGGUAUAUUGGGCAUGGCCUCUAUCGCCAUGGAAGAAGAAGACCAGUCGAGAAUGAAGGAUUCUUUAAAGUUGAUUUACAGGUCCGGGGAGUUGUUGUUGCACAUCUUGACCGAGUUGUUGACAUAUUCAAAGAAUACAUUGAACCGGUCGAAAUUGGAAAAAUCCAAUUUCCAAAUACUUGAAAUCUCGUACCAGAUCCAGUCCAUCUUUAUGAAAUUGGCCAACGAUCAGCGAGUAAACUUUAAGAUUUUGGUUAAACCUAACAUCUUUAGAAAGCUAAUCCUUUAUGGCGACUCCAACCGGAUUAUCCAGAUCAUCAUGAAUCUCGUUUCAAACUCCCUCAAGUUUACCCCUGUGGAUGGAUCGGUUGUUGUUUCAUUCAAGUUGCUAGGUGAAUACGAUCUCAAAAGGAGCGAAGAGGACCAGUAUGAACACGUUUAUGUAAUGCCACUGGCCGAGGAGCCGAAGCAGGUGAAGCAGUUGUCUCCAGUUAUAGAAUUUGACCGCGCAAGUGACUAUUUUGCCCCUAAACCAGUGGCUGCUAAACCUCAAACAAACAUUGACGAAUUAACAAAUUUUAAUGACUAUAACAAUAACAAUAACAAUAACAUAAAUGACAAAGAGAUCGGUGGUGCUAGUAUCAAGGAUGCCAAUGAUGACGACGAUGAUGCAAACAGCAUCACUACCCUUUCAACUACACAGUACGAAAAAAAUAUCUUUGAAUCUCAAUUCACGCACAAGCCGUUGUCACCACCGCCUAGUCUCAGCCCGGGGCAAUCUCUAGAAAGAGUCCCCACUAGAACCAGCCGCACUCCCUCGGUUACCACAAUACAUGACCAGACAAGCAUCAACAGGCUUAACUUGACGCCAAACUCCCACGAAUACCGCAGCUACCCCAAGUUGGACAAAAAGUCUGAUUUCGACUCCGACAUGGCAAACAACGAAGUUGUCAAGAACGACAAGACUUUUAAAAUCAGAAACAUGUACAAACCAAAGACUUGGGUGGUUCAAAUUGACGUCAAGGAUACAGGUUCAGGAAUCGAGCCUACGUUGCAGGAAAAAGUGUUUGAGCCCUUUGUGCAGGGCGAUCAAACAUUGAGCAGGAGCUAUGGAGGAACAGGGUUGGGUCUUAGUAUUUGUCGGCAAUUGGCCAAGAUGAUGAAGGGCACAUUAACCUUAAAGUCUACGCUUGGCAAGGGGUCUACAUUCACGCUCACUUUGCCCUUGCCGCAAACUGGGGAAAUCGUAAUUCCGCCGCAAGACUUGGAGGCAUUCUGUACCGAUGAGUUUAACCCAAAUGCCAAAAGCAAUCGAAAAGUGGUAUUUGAUGAUGGUCCAGUGGUGGUGGUUGAUGAAAAUGGCCAUGCGGAAAACGGCGAACCAGCAGUUAGCCGCAACGGGAGCACGGAUCUGCUGCAUGAGAGUGAUAAACUCUCGGAUAAGUCAAGGCCGUCGUCUACAUCGUCCACGGCAUCUGCCGUGGGCUCGGAAACUGCAUCAAUGAAACUCAACAGAUCUAUCUUUGCAGAUAAAUCGCAGUUGCUCCAGCAAACAUCUACAGGUACUGCCGAUUCCGUGCGCACAGGCAAAGGCUCUAGCACAGCCACAGGUACUGCCAAGUCAUCACCCGAUGAAGAGUCAUUUUCUAUUGUUCGCGAAAUCACAAAGAUCAAGAUUCUCAUUGCCGAAGACAAUAAAGUGAACCAAGAGGUCAUCAAGCGCAUGUUGCGCCUUGAAGGAUUCACCAAUCUCACCAUGGCGUGCAACGGUGCUGAAGCAAUUGACUUUGUCAAGGCCAGCAUUGAAAAUGAGCACAGCGAACCCUUUGGACUCAUCUUUAUGGACGUGCAAAUGCCGCGUAUUGAUGGAUUGUUAGCGACCAAGAUGAUCCGCCAGAAUUUGCACUAUAAAAGACCCAUUAUUGCUCUAACUGCAUUUGCAGACGAGAGCAACGUUAAAGAGUGUUAUAAUUGCGGCAUGGAUGGGUUCUUGUCGAAGCCGAUCAAGAGGAGCAAUUUGAAAAAAAUCUUUCAGCAGUUUGGUCCUCAUUUGAUAAAUGAUAUUCUCGAGGCGGGCCAUUUGGAAGGCGAUGCCAGCACGAGACACAAUGCUAAAAGCAGCAGCGUCGUUAGCGGGGCAAUAGAUGAAGCGAGCGAAGUUACAGUUGGAGUCAGCUUGACUUCAAACGAUGCCACCGUUGUGGCAUGA